AUGGAAAAAAUCGAUCCUGACGUUAUUGACGAUGUAACAGAGAUCUUCCAUGAGUCCCAGUGGAAAGAUUUUUCCAGAAAAAAACUACGUUUGGAAGAUGAAAAAAUUGAAGAACUGGAAACUAAGCAUAAAGGAGAAAUCAAAGAGCUCAAGUAUCAAACAGUUAAACAUUGGAAGAGCACAACUGGAAAAAAUCUGGACAAAUUGACCACUCUAAAACAGGAAUAUUUUUGCAGCAAAUCGGAAACGAUUGCUUCAAAAACAGUAGAGGCACAACAGGAUCUUGAUGGCGGAAAGAGACGAGAUGAGUUCAGUUAUCCAUUAAAAAACGGAAAAGGUAUUGCACUUAUCAUAAGCAAUUCUUUCGCUGACACUGAAGGCCAUAGCUCUAGAAACCCUGGGUGUGAAAAGGAUUGGAAAUAUAUGAAAAAUCUGUGGAGCAAAACCUUGGGUUGUGAACUCGUAAACGGCGAUGUUCAUUGUGAUAAAACGGCUGACGAAAUGAGAGACUUACUGGAUAAAGUUGGGAACACAAAAGAUAUCGAUUAUGCCGUUGUGGUGAUCAGUACACAUGGAGGAUUUGAGGAAGUGAUUGAAAAUCAAGAAACAGGGCUAAAAAAAUAUGAAGAAUUCCUAUAUGGGAAUGAUGGGAGCAAAUUACAAGUUAGUGAAUUUCAAGAAAUCUUAAGCAAUAAAGAAGCUCAGCCAUUGAGAGAUAUACCGAAAUUGCUAAUUCUCCAAUACUGUAGGGGAAGAAUCAUUGAUGACGGAGUUACCACUGAUGCAGUUGUUUUUAUAGGGGGACUUUUAGAACACCAAAAAACUGAGAAAGGUUAUCCUGUGGAUGCUCUUUUGCCUAAGAAGAGUGAUAUUAUUACUGUGUAUGCAACUCAUCAAGACUUCGUUGCGCUCAGGAGUGACAAAGGUUCCUGGAUGAUCGAGUAUAUAUACGAAGUGUUCGAAAAGUACUACAAGACCAAGCAUGUUACUGAUAUGCUUACGAUUGUAAAUGACCGAAUGAAAAACAGCAGGGGAAACAUACAAGGAAAGGAUCGCAAAGCAAUGAGCAUUUAUGAGUCCAGUCUCACCAAAGAUUUCUAUUUGGUUUAA